GUGAGAGCAGUGGAUAACUGGACAAACUAUUUUGGUCUUAAAUAAAGAAUUAGUCACGUAUUUAUUUACAAUAUGGGUAAAUUAAACGUCGUUAUUCUGCGGUAUCUCUCCAAAGAAGACUUUCGAGUCCUGACAGCCGUGGAGAUGGGGAUGAAGAACCAUGAGCUCGUGCCCGUCAGUCUGAUCGCGUCUAUCGCCAACCUCAGACACGGCGGAUGUAACAAAGUGCUCAGAGAGCUGGUCAAACACAAACUCAUGGCCUAUGAACGCAGCAAAACCGUGCAGGGAUACCGUUUGAAUUACGGAGGUUAUGAUUACUUGGCUCUGAAGACUCUGUCCUCUCGGGAUGUCAUUUUUUCCGUGGGAAAUCAGAUGGGCGUUGGUAAAGAGUCAGACAUCUACAUUGUUGCAAACUCUGAGGGAGAGCAGUUUGCUUUGAAACUGCACAGGCUGGGAAGAACAUCUUUCCGGAACCUGAAGAACAAACGUGAUUAUCACAAACACAGACAUCGCAUGUCCUGGCUCUACCUGUCCCGCCUCUCAGCGAUGAAAGAGUAUGCCUACAUGAAGGCUCUGUAUGAGCGUGGAUUUCCUGUGCCAAAGCCUGUGGAUUAUAACAGACACGCUGUAGUUAUGGAACUCAUUAACGGAUACCCGCUGUGUCAAGUGCGAGAGGUGAGCGACCCGGCUGCGUUGUACAAUGAGAUCAUGGAGCUGAUUGUUAAACUAGCCAAUCACGGCCUGAUCCACGGAGACUUUAACGAGUUUAACCUGAUGAUUGAUGACAAUGACCACGUGACCAUGAUCGACUUCCCCCAGAUGGUUUCCACCACACACCCAAAUGCUGAAUGGUAUUUUGACCGUGAUGUGAAAUGUGUCCGAGAUUUUUUCGUCAAAAGGUUUAAUUACGAGAGCGAGCUACACCCGACGUUUCAGGACAUCAGGAGAACGUAUUCCCUGGACGUAGAGAUCUCAGCCAGUGGCUACACAAAAGACAUGCAGCAGGACGACUCACUGCUGCACCCUGCUGGCCCAGAGGGAGGAGACAGGCAGAGUGGGGAGGAGGAGGAGGAGGAGGAGGAGGAGGAGGGUGAUGAAGAAGAGAGGGUGGGGCUAGAUCAUGCACAUGCACAUGCACGCAGCGCUGAGGGAGGCCCGGACAUGGAAGAGUACAGACAUGCCAUGCGUGAACUGGAAGGCCUGAGGAUCGCACAUGAAGCCCCACCCAAUGAAGAGGCCACGCCCUGCAGGGAAGCCCCGCCCACUAGUGAGGCUCUGCCCAGUUGUGCUGUGUCUGGAUUGGAAGAGAGGUAUGAGGAGACUCAGAGAGACCCAGACAGGAACAGGACCACUGAGAGUGAUGAUGAGUGCCCGGAUCUGGUCGCCCUGUCCACCAUCAACCAGCAGUUCAGACCUUUCAGAGACCAGGACAGCCUUCUCGACAGUGUUGAACACAGGAGGAGAACCACCAGUGAGACCAGUGUCUGCACAGUGGGCAGCUGCUCCACCAUCCCCCCCGAGGUAAUCAGACAGAAAGUCAAACGGCAGCUCACUAAGCAGCAGAAAGCGGCCCAGAGGCGACGGCUGCAGAGAGGGGAAGCCAACCUGGUGACCAGAGAGAGGAGAGCCAACAUGAGUGACAUCAAAGGCAGUCUGGAGGCUGCGUCCUUCUGGGGCUGAACCACAGACACCAGACAACCGGAAAAACAACCACCAAGACACAAUACUGUGUGUGUGUGUGUGUGUGUGUGUGUGAGUGUGUGUGU